AUGCUGCUAAGUACGGAUUAUUACGCACUAUUCAACGUCGAAAUCGCAGUUAUUCCGGGAAAUACGGUGCAAUUAAUGGACCUAUUUCGACGUCCAAUAGUACCCAACUCACGUUUUCUACCCCCCAAUGGACCAUUUCUUGGACCUGCGAAACAUAAUAUGCACCAAUUUAAAGCACUAGUGCUUGAAAUUAUAGUCAAUGGAACAUCUGGAAUCAUUGCAUUUCUAUUAUCGUCAACAUUAGCUGUUUCCUGUGCCAGUGUUUUAGUAGGACAUGGGACGCCAUUAUCAUCUGUUAUUGCUCGAUUUAUUGAUAUGAAUUUACUUGGAACAGCAAUUUUAUCCAUUGUAUUAGCAUGGCAAAGUCAAGCUCCAUAUACUUUAGGCUCGAUUGAUGUGUUUGUUGCUCCCGUGAUGGCAGAAAUGGCAGAUAAAAUAUCAAGACAUUUACAUGGAAAUCUGGAUCAUGUGGUAUCAACAACAGUGAUGAUGGUUGCAAUUACAUCCAUGGUCUUAGGACUGGUGUUUUUUAUCAUGGGACUCUUUCGAGUCACUUCGAUUGCAAAUUAUAUGCCGUAUCCUGUUAUUGCUGGGUUUUUGUCAGGCAUUGGAGCGCAAUUGAUGAAAAAUGGCAUUUAUAUGGCAUCAAGUAAAGCUUUAACAGGUGCAUUUUUUACUUUGGAAGUACAAGUACUCGUUCUACCAGCUGUAGUCUUUGCUGCCUUGGCACGACUUGGACAAUACUUUAAAGUUCCAGUAGCUUUUUCAUUUCCGUGUCUACUUGUGCUGUCACUCGUGGGGUUUCAACUAAUUUCUUCAAUGUAUGGAGCGACCAUGGAAGAGUUAGGUAAGGCCGGAUGGGUAUUUGCGUGGGAUCAUGUUGUGGUAUCACAAACGCCAAUGUGGUUACCAUGGGCCGAGAUUGACUUUAAACAAGUACAUUGGCAUACGCUGACAAACGAGUGUAUGGAAUUUAUGGUGUCUCUUAUCAUUCUUGGUGCAUUGAAGUAUAGUGUAGCCACAACUUCGCUCUCGACGCUAUUUGGGCGGGAUAUCUCGCCGGACAAUGAAAUGCGUGUCAUUGGGUUAGCUAACAUGGCUAGCGGUUUGUUCGGGUGCUGUGGUGGGUGUCACUACCUUUCAGCAAUGGGUAUCAUGAAGCAGUUUGAGGCCCACGAGAAAGUUCCAGCAUUGGUUUGCGCUUUUCUCGUUAUAUCUCUGUGGAUGGCCGGCAUUCGAUUGCUGCAGUUUGUGCCCAAAUUUAUUUUCGGUGGGCUUCUGUUAAGUGUCGGACUGCACUUCUUGGAAGCAUACUUGGUGACGCCAUUCCAUUUCCUUAAGCCUAUUGAGAAAGCUACUGUUGUGCUUAUUACUUCAAGCUUUCUCGCUAUUGGUAUGCUGGAGAGUGUAGCGAUGGGCAUCAUGAUCUCAAUGAUUGAGCUUAUUUGGCGCAUCCACGCUGUGGGGUGUGUUCACCAUGAGACGACAGGAGCGUUAUCUCGCAGUGCAGUGGACCGCACGCCAGAGCAGACUGCCUAUCUCGACAGUGAAGGAAGCGCCAUAUUUGUGCUUCGACUGCAAGGAUAUCUAUUUUUCGGCACUUCUGUAAAUAUACUGGAGAGAAUGGAGACUCGUGUGCAUUCACUAGAUUUUCCCACGCUGAAGUUUGUCAUUAUUGAUUUUGGGCUUGUUCCUAGCUUUGAUGCGACCGCGCUGUUAAACUUCCGCAAGACCUCUACGCUUGCCGAUUUGUACAUGUUUGACAUUUACUUUUGCGGACUUAGGCCAGAAAUUGAACUCGCACUUCGCCAAAAUCACUACUCGCAGCGCGUCCAUCUACUCAGCAGUGAUGUAGAUAUUGCACUUGAAAUUUGUGAAAAUGAGUUGGUUCCCGAUGAAUUGUUUUCAGCUCCAGAAACUCCAAAGUCAGGCAAGUCACUAACCGAAUGGAAGCGCAUGAGCCAACUGGAACUUUGGGAACGCUUCAUGGCUGCAUCUAUGGAACAUGAUGGGACAGCAAGUUAUCAGAAAUUACUUCCGCUAGCUGCUUAUCUAGAUAUUGUUGUGGUUCCCAAUGGUACUCAACUUGUGCCUGAACGUCUGCGCGAUGACACGUACUUCAUUUGCCAAGGCUACAUGAAUUUUGUCAUGGAUUCCGAAUUCUCGAAUGCGCACAAUAUCCCCGGCGUCCGUCUCUCCGAAGCAUGUGAUGACGAUGGAGUUGGCGGGGGCUACAAUGAAACGACCAAGAAUGAUGAUGAGUCAAAUGAACCCAUCAGAGUAACUACCCGACGCAAGCUGUCGCUCGUGGUACCGGAGGAAUCGCAAUGGACACCAUUCACGACAGCGAAAUCACGGCUCCUGAAGAUUGGACCGGGCUCUGUCAUCAUUCCUAAUGUUGCAGGAAUGGACCCCGAGUACAAAUACUUUGCCACGUCGGACUGCGUGGUGCUUCGUUUACGUGCUGUAGCAAUGGAAACGCUAGAGGCGCACGCACCUCACACGGCGAUAGCUGUGUUGAAGCUCAUCAAUGUGCGAUUGGCCACCCGGUUUCGCCACUCGAGCAAGCGCGUCUCGCAGAUGUCUUCUCUGCUUUACAAGUAG